AGGCCUGCACGCGGUCAACGGCUGGGUACGUCAAGGACUUGUCGAAGCUCGGCCGCGACCUGCGAGACGUGAUCAUCGUGGACAACUCGCCCGUCUGCUACGCCCUCCAGCCAGAAAACGCGAUCCCCAUCAAGACUUGGAGGGGCGACGAGGCGGACCGUGCACUGUUCGACUUGAUCCCCAUCUUGCAUGCCCUCGCGAACGUGGACAGCAUCCCAGACAUCCUUCGGACGUUUAUGGAGGGCGAGGUGAAUGACGAGGAGACGGCACACCGAGAGGAACACGCUGGCCGACAGGAGGAUUUGUUGCCCGUCGGCAGGGAGUACAAGAGGACCAUCCUGUGACGUUAUUGUUGUUGUUCGCCUUUCAGUCGCGUUCCAUGCCACGUGCAUCAUCACUAUCUCUCCCUCUCUCCCUCUGUAUCACCAAUUGCUUUCUCCUGCUCCUCGAGCCGACUGUCGGCACCGCGCUCUGUCGACUAUCUGACAGUCCGCAGCCCGUGCACGCCAACUCGGA